AAGGUUACGCCAAGGACUAGGAGGGUACGAUGAUGACAUGACAAUACUAGAUGUUGCAUGUCUAGUAUACGAAUACUGUCAGUCGCGUCAAGGACUAGAAGGGUACGAUGAUGACAUGAU